AUGCCUCACUACACGCUUCCCAUCGAAAGUCAGGCCGGGCGUAAUGAGCUCAAGGACCCUCCGUCAACGAUAUACAAUGUCAGUGAWCCGCCAUACCACGGCCAGCUACCCGCGGACAACAACGCAUAUCGAAGCACGACACGCGACACGGCAAUCGUCAUCGACAAUGGCUCAUCGGAGAUUCGCGCAGGCUGGCAGACAGAUGCURCGCCGCGCCUGCAAUUUCCGCCAUUGAUGGCACGGUACACUGAUCGCAAGCUGAACCGCAAGCUCAUGUUCAUUGGGAGUGAAAUCUACUUUGAUGGUACAGCUCGCGGGCAGGCGAAGAAUGUGUACGAGCCGGGAAGUAAUAUUGUCAACAAUUGGGACGUGCAGGAAGGGAUUCUGGACUACAUUUUCUUGAAGCUGGGUGUUGAUGGAUCGCGUGGUGUCAUUGACCGGCCGGUCGUGAUGACAGAGCCACUGGCAAAUUCGGGAUACACACGUAAGGUGAUGAACGAGAUCAUGUUUGAGCUGUACGGGGUGCCCAGUGUGGCAUAUGGAAUCGAUUCGCUGUUCGGCUACAACUACAAUGGAGGUGACACUGGCUUGGUGGUGUCAAGCGCUAAUAUGAGCACACAUCUCAUCCCUGUAGUAAACAAGCAGCCGCUCAUCAGCCAUGCGACACGUCUGGAUUGGGGAAGAUCCCACUGCGUGGAGUAUCUCCAAAGACUACUAAAAGCCAAGUACCCAGGGCUYCUCACUACUGGCAAGGUGACCGAAACACAGAUUGAGGAUUUGGUGCGGUCACAUUGCUACGUCAGUCAAGACUAUGAUCAGGAAAUGGUGCGUCUGCUCGAUUGGACCGGGCUCGAGGAUCGCGACCAUAUUGUGCAGCUCCCCUUCCAGGAAAAGGAAGUCAUUCAGAAGACCGAGGAGGAAAUUAAGCGUGCAGAGGAGAAGCGAAGAGAGGGCGGACGGAGAUUGCAGGAGCAAGCAGCGAAGAUGCGGUUGGAGAAGCUCGUCAGGAAAGAGCAGGAACUGGAAUACUUCAAGCAAUUGCAGCAGCAGGUCCAAGAAGCAACCACCAAGAAGGAGGUGAGGGCGUUGUUGGAGGAGGAUGAGUUCAAGGAUGAGAAUCAGCUGGAUCGUAAGAUCAAGGAGAUGGAGAAGAGCAUUCGCAAACAGCGAAACAAGGAUGUUGGUGAUCUGGAGGAAGAACCAGAAGAGCCGCCUACCUACCCACUUCUCGACAUGGCAGAUGAGGAUCUGGACGAGGAUCAACUGAAAGCGAAACGCGCUCAACGACUUCUCAAAGCCAAUCACGAUGCUCGUGCUCGAGCAAAGGCCGAGAAGGAAGCCGAAAAGGCUCGCCAGGCUGCGAUUCAACGCAAGGACGACGAGCGCCGCGAGGCAGACUUGGAAGGCUGGGUUGAGGAGCGAAGGGCGGCACGAGCGGCCACCAUCCAGAAGAUCAAGGAGCGCGAUCGCCUGAAAGCUGAUCUGGGAAACCGAAAAUCGCAAGCAUCACAAAUGCGGAUGAAGCACAUUGCGAACCUUGCUUCUGAUAAUCCCAACGGGCGGAAACGAAGGCGAGGCGGUAAUGACGACGACGGCUUCGGAGCCGACGAUGCGGACUGGGCGAUUUACCGUGAGAUUCAGGCUGGCAAAGACGAUGACGAGGAUGAUGAGGAAGAGGAUCUGGGUGCUCAGCUGAAAGGUAUCGAGGCACAAUUGCUGAAACACGACCCCGACUUCACGGAGCAGAGUACACAGGAAGCACAGAAAGAUUGGACGAAGAGUUUGCUGCAUGCAUUCUCAAGAGGACCCUGGCCAUUCGACUCUGAGAGUGCAAAGGAGAGCAGUCAGUUUCAUUUGAAUGUCGAGCGAAUACGAGUGCCAGAGGUGGUCUUCCAGCCAAGCAUCGCGGGCGUGGACCAGGCUGGUAUUGUCGAGAUUGCAGAGGAUAUUGUCAGCCAAAGGCUAGGAGCUCAUCCUGCGAGGGAUGCGAUGCUGAAGGAUGUUUUCAUCACAGGUGGCUACACACUGUUCAAGGGUUUCGAGGAGCGGCUGAGGGAUGAAUUGAGAGCMGUGUUGCCCGCUGAUUUGGAUCUGGGAAUUCGAAGAGCGAGAGACCCAGUGUUGGAUGCAUGGAAGGGCGCAGCGAGAUGGGCGGGAACGGAGCAGAGCCGGCAGAGCUUUGUGACCAAGGAGGAGUACGCAGAGAAGGGUGGAGAAUAUCUCAAGGAACACAAUCUUGGGAACGUUUACUCCUAG